AUAAGACAAGAAAAUUCAUCCAAUUAUUUUACUUUCAUUUUUUCGUCGAUUAAGGCUGCGUUAUUUGACUGCCAGUACAGAAAGCUAUAGUUUAUGUCACGUAUACUAUAGAUUUUCAGUACUGGCAGUAAUAUCGGUACAUGGGGUAAAUCUCUUAAUUUUUUUCAACAGUGCCGAAUGACAGGGCGACGAGAGUAUAGAGAGUGCAGUUGCGUCGAGCGGGAAACUCGAGCAUGGGUAGCCGCCAUUGCCGCCGCGGCGACGACAACUCUCGUCAACACAGACUCCGUACGUUCCCCGCGUGUAGUCGAACGGGAACAUCGCGCGCGAAGACGCGCCAUAAUGGACGACCGGUUAAAAACGCCACGUUAAAAUUAUUACGAGCGCGAUGACGGACGGUUAGGGGGUGCGUCAGUGAUGCCCGGUCUAGACCAGAAUAUUUCGCACGACACGAGUCUACUACCCACGCGCAUCCUAAUGUCCGGUGGGGGUCAUGCCGCCGAGCAAGUGAAAAAAUUUAUCUUCAGGUCGCGGAGGACGCGAGACGCCGAGGGCACCGAAGACAGCGGUAGCGGGGAGUACCUGGAGAUCCUGAUUCCCGAGUUGCUGGAGGCUAAUUACAGCUUCUACACCUGGCCGUGCGCGCCCGUGCUAGCUUCGUACCUCUGGGAGCACAGGGAGAGCCUGCCGGGCAAGCGAGUCUUGGAGAUCGGUGCCGGCACCUCGUUACCCGGCAUCGUCGCCAGCAAGUGCGGAGCUGUCGUGACGCUGAGCGACUCCGCCAGUCAACCAAGGACCCUGCAGCACAUGAGAAGGUGCUGCGAAUUGAACGGUGUGUCGGACAAAAUUUGCAUCGUCGGCCUCACUUGGGGCUUCUUCCUGUCGAAUCUGUUCUCGCUCGGUCCGCUGGACCUGAUUAUAGGCUCCGACUGCUUCUACGAGCCGACUGUCUUCGAAGACAUCGUGGUUAUCGUGGCGUUCCUGCUGGAGAAGAAUCCACGUGCUCGAUUCCUUUGCACGUACCAGGAGCGCAGUGCUGACUGGACUAUAGAGCAUCUGCUGAACAGGUGGGGCCUCUCGUGCAUGCACGUGUCACUGGACAAUCUCGGGACGAAUUCCGAGGUAAACGUGCGCGAGUUGAUGCAGGAUCACACGAUACACCUGCUGGACAUACAGAGAUCGGAAUAGGCAAGACAAUCCCGUCAUCAUCUGUCAUGGCUAGUAAUGCCUUCAGGAAA